AGAGACAUCAGAGCAGAGCGCGCGCGGCUCCACGCAGGUUUGAGGAGGUGUUUCAUCAGUUCAGCCGGUGGUUUGCAGUCCGGACGCCACUUCACAAUUAACACCGUGUGUUUUUUCUGUUGAACAGGAACUGUGAGGGGAAUUUUUGUGGCUCUACAAUUGGUCUCAAGGGAAAUUUAAAAGCAGUUUCCUCUGGACUACUGAGGGAGCAGCUUGUUAGACACCAGGCCAACACAGUGCUUUGUACUUUGAGAUGAGAGACAACCUGUCCUGAAGGUCCUCUCACUCCAUGCAACGCUAUCCUUAUCCCAUUGUACCAAUGGACCCUCAGGUGUGUCCGCCACCUCUAAGCAGCAGCCAAUCAGUGAUCAGCGGUCUCGACAAAUCCCCAGCUAGCACAUUCAAACCUGGCCACUCACGGAGCAGCAGUACCGGCUCCUCCAAACAUUCAAAACAGUCUCGUAACUGGGAGGUGAUGGAUGACUUGCAGCAGCUGGACAUGUAUUCGGUUCCGGGCUCCACUCUGGACCUCAGUAUCCCUGGGAUCUGUGAGGGCUACUUGAUGAAGAAGAGGAAGUACCCGCUCAAAGGCUGGCACAAGAGAUACUUCCUGUUGGAGAAAGGAAUUCUGAAGUACUCAAAGACGCAACAAGAUAUUCAGAGAGGGAAGCUCCAUGGCUCCCUGGACGUCAGCUUGGCUGUAAUGUCCAUCAACAAGAAGUCCAAAGGCAUAGACCUGGAUGCUGGAGACAACCUUUACCACCUCAAGGCAAAGAGCCAUGACAUCUUCUACAUAUGGUUGACCAAGCUGUGUGCCCACCGUGUAUUUAGGAAAAAUGAGGCAAUGAGUGUCCAUCAUGGUGUUCUUCACGCUCUCUCCAUGGGCCCGAGCACCAUGCCAGCCAUGGCCACUCUCGCCCAGACCAACAGAGCUAUGCCUGCUCACUAUGCAAGCUCAGCUUCAGUGUACCACCCAGAGAUGGGAAGCCCCGCCCCUGCCUUCAGCACCAACCCAGCAGUGACGAGCAAGGUGUCAGCCUGGCUGCAGCAGACCCACGACAUCGAUGCAACCUCCAAUGAGCUGGUACGUUGUCAGACGGAGCUGACAGAACUUGCGCAGCUCAUCCAGCGCCUCAAUUGGCUGGAAGGUGGCCUGCCAAUCACAAACACAGACCUGGAGAUGCGAAUCAGCAUGCAGAAUCUCUCCCUGGAGAAACCCAAGAGGAGGGUGGGGAAAGGGUUUGGUCACUCCAGGACUUUGUCCCGUGUUGAAGCCAUGGGGGGGGUGUUCACUUCCAGUCACCUGAGUGGCAACUGCAAUUCAUCAGCGUCUGUUCAGUCCAUCCCGGACUACGUCUACUCUCAGCUGUCCAACCCUCAGGUCACCUCACCUGAAGCUAAGAAGCUUCACCAGGACAUUUGCGCUGCUUCUCAGAGGGUUCACGCUUCUCUCAAGUCCAUUCAUGAGGUUUUGACCUUGGAGAGAGAGAGACUGAGGCAGGCCUGGACCAGCCCAGACCUGAGGCACAACACCUCACAGCAGCUCGCUUCACUCUGCAGUACACUGUCUGAGCUUGACAUACAGUCACGUCUGACCAAAGUCCACUCGCUUUCCCUGUCCUCUGACUCUUCUGAAGAAUCCUUCUGCACCGUCCGUCCUGACCAGAGGACACCAUCUAUGGGUCGUCACAGCCACCGCGCACCCUCAGUGGCAGAUUCCAUGGCAGAGUAUUUUGAUGCCAGUGAGGUGAUUGUGUGCGAGAGCUCAUCAGAGGCUGAGGCAUCGGAUGAGUCAGGCCUCAGUGACAUCACCACCACCAGCAACUCAGAGCCCGAGGAGGGACACACCACUGCGACCCUCAAUUACCGGGCCAGUCUGAACAACGCUCCUGACAGACCCAGCCCUGUGCCCGCAAAUACUGGUCGUCGCACUACCCUCCCCGCCCCAGGAACAGACAACAGCCACAUUGGCAUCAUGACCAUCCUGUACAACAACAUCGGUAAGGACCUGUCCAGAGUCUCCAUGCCAGUCGCUCUCAAUGAGCCAGUGUGUUUGCUGCAGAGACUCAGUGAAGAGCUGGAGUACUCUGAGCUGCUGGACAUCGCAAACCACAUUGAUGAUCCAUUUGAGAGAAUGGUUUACGUGGCAGUGUUCUCCAUCUCUGGAUAUGCCUGGGCAUCUUGGAGGUAUCGCUACAAACCCUUCAACCCUGUUCUGGGAGAAACAUACGAGAAUCACAGAGAGGAGCGAGGCUUCCAUUACGUCAGUGAGCAGGUCAGCCAUCACCCACCCAUCUCUGCCUGCCAUGCAGAGUCCGAAAACUUCACUUUCUGGCAAGAUCAGAGAUGGAAGAACAAGUUUUGGGGGAAGUCGGUGGAGAUUAUCUCCUCUGGAAUGGUCAAUGUCAUGCUGCCCAAGUACGGGGAUCAUUACGAAUGGAACAAGGCAGUGACAUGUAUCCACAACGUGCUGAGUCAGGACCGCUGGUUGGAGCACUAUGGUGAGGUGGUCAUCAAAAACACAAAGAAUGAUGCCUGCACCUGCAAGAUCACCUUUGUCAAGUCUCGCUACUGGAGCUCAGACAACAGUAAGAACGAGGUGCAGGGUGUGGUUCUGGACCAGGCUGGAGAGGUGGUUCAUCGUUUCGGAGGCCUCUGGCACGAGGGCAUUUUCUGUGAUACCUUGUCCACACCAAAGUGUAUCUGGAAGCCCAAUGUGCAGCCUGAUGACCACGCUCAGUUCUACGGCUUCUCCAGUUAUGCCAGAGAGCUAAACGAGCUGACGCCUGAGCUGCAGGCAGUCCUUCCACCUACAGAUACACGCUUCAGACCAGACCAGAGGCUCCUGGAAGAGGGGAAGGUAGCAGAAGCAGAUAAAAGGAAGGAUGAGGUGGAGGAGAAGCAAAGGGAGAGAAGAAAGGAGAUGGCCAAGAGAGGGGAGGAGCACAUCCCAAGGUUCUUCAGGAAAUCUGUGGAUGAGGCGGGCAGAGAGGUGUGGCUGAGCAAUGGCACCUACUGGAAGCUCCGCAAAGACCCAGGCUUCGCCAACACUGAGAACCUGGACCUGUGGUAGAACACAGCACCAAGCUCUGCACUGAGGAGUGAAACCAGCAAGGUGCUAAACACUUAGUAUAUCAUAAAGGGAAAUAAUACACCCCUCAGUUAGUAAAAAUGAUGAAUUGUUCCCAUGUUAGUCCAAUAACCUGUGCAUAGAUAUACUGUAGUAACUCGCCAAAGGAGAUCUAGUUUACUGCUUUCAUUACUGCGAGCAUGUCGAGGAGCGUUUGAAGGCACACAUGAACCUCUUACUGGUUUUUUUGUGCCAUGCAGAGGUGAGGUGCCACUAUGGAACAAAUGAAGACUGAAUCUGAUGAAGCCGGAUGUCCUUUCAGCCUUCGGCCUACCUCUGAACCGUGACAGAGACCUUAAAUAUAAUCAAUCAUGAUUCAAAAGCAAAUCUGAACUUGAAAUCCACUUUUUUAAACUCUUUAUCGCAGCCCUUGAGAAGAGUUUUUCAGGACUGAGGGCUCUCUGUAUGUAGUGUUUUGUAUCAUAUUGGCGGGAUAAAUGUUAUAUAAUCUGUUAUACUUUUGUUAGUUUUAACAUGUCGAUAUUAAUAUUUUUAGUAACUUUUUAUGACAGUUAUGAUAAGUUCAGAAGCUUGCUUCCUGCAGAGGGAUCCAGAACACACAGAGGGCUACUCUAGUCCUUGUGGGGUGUAUUACAGGUGAACUGGUGCUGUCCUGCUUUCUUUCUCAGUGGGUCUUACUGUAUAAACUUGUGUUCAUUUGUAAAGCUGGUGGUAUUUUGUUUUCUUUCUUUUGUUAGUCUUGACACAUUGGUGGUAAAUAGUUUUUCUAAAGUAUCCUUUUGCUGUCAUGUAAGCGUAACCUUCUCCAACUCUCGCCGGUAUGAUUUGUUGAUGCUUAAAAUGAGCUGACAGGCGAGGAUUGUGCCUCCUGGACCUUUACUCUAUCAGUUGAUGCAAUGAAGUAUUUUUAUUGAUGUUUCAACAAUGGAUUUUAAUAAGGAAAAGAGACAACUGUUAAAACCCUGUGAAAUGUUUUUUUUUUCUUAAUGGUUUUGUUUCAAAUAAAAGGUUCUAUAAUCAA